AUGGCGAAAGCUCUCCCUUCUGGCCCUACCAGCCUCGCGACUUUACCAAACGAGUUACUUGACGAGGUUGUGAGCCACCUGGACCGGCCGUCCCUUCUCGCACUCGCCUUGACCUGCAAGCAAACCAAAAUUUCCUCGACUGAGAAGCUAUACCGGACUUACGUCAACCACGAACCACCUUCCAAGGCACCCUUCCACCUCUUUCUGCGAACGAUCUGCGAGCGCCCUGAGCUCGCAGACAAGGUGAGAGAGGUCGACAUUCGAGGUUGGCGAUCGGAGUAUGAGGUGGCGACAGGAGCUGCAUGGAGGGGUUUAACGGUCGAGAGCAAGAAGGAUAACAUCCAGAAAGUGCGGACCGGCCCAUACUAUCUAAAUGUAGACAAGGUCGUACGCGUGUCGAAUGCGGAUAGGUUCAAGAUCUUCACCGAAGCUGCUGUCAAGGCCGGAGUGAUCGCAAAAAUCGAGUCGUAUGCUGUGCCAGCACUGAAGUCAAGUGUGGUGUGGUAUACGUCGAUGAAAGAGGAUAAGGACUUCUUGCGACUCCUGGGACGCGGGGUGGAGGACGCCCAAGUCGUUCUUAUGUUAUCGCUCCUACCAAAACUUGAAGCUCUUCGAGUCGACGGAAUUAGCCCGUAUCCUGUCCUCGACUGGCAUCAUUUCCUCUCCCGCUCUACCACUGCGCCUCGAGCCCUCCGAUGUCUGCAAGUCCGCGGAUCGAUUACGAAAGCCGCCGAACCAGUUGUAAAGACUAGUUUGCAGGUAUUGGAUAUUCUUCCGAACCUUCAAGAUUUGCAGCUGUUUGACAUCGCUAUUGGAGGGCAUCAGUUCACCGUCAAUAUCCUUCCAUCAAAGAAGCUAAGCUCCGUGGUCCUCUCCGUUUCCGCGGUUAGCCUUCGACUACUUCGUAAGCUAUUAGAUGGGCAGCAACUUACCCACUUCACAUACUUGCCUGGCUGUCGGCAGGUUCAUACUACCAAAUUAGCGGCCUUUUCAGCAGAGGAUAUUCUAACACGACUCGCUUCUUCAAAGACGACCCUCAAGCAAUUAGCGUUUUUCCCAAUCGGAUCUCCCAACGAGCCAUCAUCGCUAAAGACGUUCAGCCAUCUCACCGACUUAGAGACGCCUCAACCAGGAUUGCUGAACGUCUCUCCCGCUGAAGCGGACGAAGAGGUAUUAGCGUCUGCUCUUUGUGCAGAAAUCCCGAGCACCGUGGUCACGCUAUCUCUUCGUUACGUUAUUUACGAUGCACAGGCUAAAGGAAUCCUGAAGCAACUGGCUCGGCUCAAGACCCAAGGCGAGUUUCCGGACCUCAGACUCGUUCGCCUGAGCUUUCUCCGGUCCAUGCCAUUCUACGCGUUCGGCUGGCCGCCACUGCCUGAUCCAGAACACCAGGUUCGCCACGACCUUGGCAAGAUCUAUCGCGAGGCAGGACUUGAUGUGUUGGUAUUUCAGGCCGACUGA